UCCCUGUCCCUGUCCCUGGUCCGUGCUGACCCGGGCCAGAGCCAGUCCUGCCUGACCAAUGCAACUUGCUUAACUUCCGAAGGAGAGACCGAGGCGUAUAACUGCACCUGCUGUCCUGGGUACACAGGGCGGCACUGCCAGGACCGAAUAGACAACUGUGCGAGCAAUCCCUGUUCUCACGGCAACUGCACUAGCCAUGCCCAAGGUUACGACUGUGCUUGUGAGGCUGGGUAUCGGGGCGAGGCCUGCGACCAGCCUGCGGGGCUCCAGACGCCCGCCCCCAGCUGGACCGAGUCCACGCUGCCAUGGCAGCCCAGCCCGGCUAACACAUCGCCUCAGCCCAACGCAACCACCCCCUCCUGGCAACCAGCCAUCACCCUGGCCCCAUGGCAACCCGAACCGGGUCACAAGGUCGUCAACCUCACCUGGGAUGUGAAAGAGAUGAACAAUUCCUUGAAUUUGAUCUGCAUGAACAGAAAUCUCAACAUCUCCUCCAACAACCAGCCGCCAAGUCUUGAAAUACCAGAGAAGACAUCGCUAAAGGUCGUGCUGAGUGGGGACAGUGCUGCUCUGGAAUUCUGGAACAUCUCCGAGGCGGAAUUCCAACUCUGUUCUCUUGCAAACGGAAAAAACGUUGCCCCUCUUCAGGCUGCCGAUGGAUUUGUUCUGUCGGAGGAGAUAUUGUCUCUGGGGAACAACUAUUUCAUCGCCCUUGUGAAUGAUUCGUUCCGAGGCUCAGUGAUGGCUCUGAGGCUGAAUGUGCUGGUGAAACCCAUUAACUGUGAAGACCAAAGGAAAGAUGGCGUCUCUCUCCAAUGCUCUGGGAAGGGACAGUGCGUCACCAAACCCACAGAGGCAACCUUCUACUGCGAGUGUGAGGAGGGACACAUUGGCCAUUUCUGUGAAGAAUUUGAUGCUUGCCACAGCAACCAGUGCCAGAACAGCGCAACUUGUCUGGACAUUCAGCAGGGGAACAACGAGCGGAAUUUCACCUGUGUUUGUGCACCAGGUUACACAGGAGACGUGUGCCAGACUCAAGUGGAUCACUGUGUGUCACAGCCGUGCCAAAAUGCAGCCACCUGCAUGAGCAGAGCCACUGGGUACAGUUGUCUCUGCCCAGAAGAUUUCACAGGCCCAGCGUGCGGAGAGAAGAUAGACCCCUGUGCCUUGUCACCCUGCCAGAACAAUGGCACCUGCUUUCCGGAUGGCACCUCAUACAGCUGCAAUUGCAGCCCAGCCUUCACUGGACCAACCUGCGCUCAGCUGAUCGACUUCUGUGCUCUCAGUCCCUGUGCUCACGGUAUCUGCCGCAGUGUUGGAACCAGCUACAAGUGCCUGUGUAUCCCAGGUUACCACGGGCUAUAUUGUGAGGAGGAAUACAAUGAGUGCCUCUCAGCUCCUUGCCAGAACUCGGGAACUUGCAAAGACCUUGUGAACGGUUACGAAUGUUUGUGCCCUGCUGAGUAUGAUGGUCAGCACUGUGACCUCUACAAGGAUCCCUGUGCCAACGCCAGCUGUCAGAAUGGGGGCACCUGUGCCAGUGAGGGGCUGAAUGCCACUUGCAUUUGUGCACCUGGAUUUGCAGGUGAAACAUGCGAGACUGACCUCAAUGAGUGUGAGAGCAACCCUUGCCACCGUGGAGCGACCUGCUUAAACCAGGCAAACGGCUAUGUCUGCCACUGCCCACAUGGCUGGGUGGGAGCUAAUUGUGAUAUCCACAUGGAGUGGAAAUCUGGCCGGAUGGCAGAGAGUCUGAACAAUAUGCCUCGCCACUCGCUGUACAUUAUCAUCGGAGCCCUGUGCGUGGCCUUUGUCCUGAUGUUGAUCAUCCUGAUCGUGGGCAUCUGCCGCAUCAGCCGAAUCGAGUACCAGGGUGCCUCCAGACCUGCCUACGAGGAGUUCUAUAAUUGCAGGAGCAUCGACAGUGAAUUAAGCAACAGCAUCGCCUCGAUCCGACAUGCUAGGUUCGGGAAGAAGGUGAGGCCAGCGAUGUACGAUGCUACCCCAGUCGCCUACGAAGACUACAGCCCCGACGAUAAGCCACUCGUCACUUUAAUUAAAACAAAAGAUUUGUAAAAGCACAGCACAGCUCUUGACUUUUUGAGGGGGAAUUAAAAAAAAGGAAGAAAACCUAAACAUGCUAAAUAUUUUUAAGACACUAUUACUACAAAUACGUGUAAGAGAUUUGCUAUGAGCUAGGUAGGCAAAUGUUACCAGCGUUUAUGCAACAUAUUAAAACUAAAGAACAGGUUUGUGUUUGUAUACUGCUCGCAAUGCUAAGGAAAUAUAUUUUCAAUGUCGCUGCCCAUCUUAUAAAAUAUUUAUCUUAAUAGAGUGAUACCAGUGAACUAUUUCCAGAUAUACUCUUGGAUAUUGAUAUGUUUGCAUUUUUCUGUCAACUGGGCAAAAUUUUCACAUGGGGAAAAAGCAUUUUAUUUGAACAAUCUGGAUGUGUGUGUGUGUGUACGUGGGUGUGUGUAUUUGGAGGGGGGUAAUUUGUAAUUUGUUUCUUUAAGAUAUUGGUGGAAGAAGGAUUGGCAGUGUCGAAGGUCAGAACAUGGUUGGGGACUUGUGUUUGGAUCCAGUUAAGGUCGAAGUCUCUCUGAUGCACUGGCCCAAAGUAAAAUGAAUUCUGAGCAGGUUUCAAGUGAGCAGAGAUUCUUUCAGCAGAGCAGAGCUGACUGUAAAUUGGCACUGAACUAGGCAACUUGUCCAGAAAGGGCACUGGUAUGGGAUUCGAAUGACCACAGCUAUAAGGAGUCCUAUGACCCUUUGCGUCGCUGGGGCAAGGGUAGAGAAAGCUUUACCCUGCAUCCCAACCUGGCUGCACCCAGAGCCAUGGAGAUGCUUUGCACUGAAUGGACAAGAUGGAAAAGGUUUCUCAAUCACUUUCGAUUCAUGCUGUCAUUUCCUCACGCUCUCGGGUGGAGUAUAUUUACACAAGCCAGUCUCUCCUCUCUUCCCACCCCUAACCCCUCCUCCACCAUUCCUGGUUAGGUCACCAGGAUUCACCAUUUAAACAGAAAUAUAUACUGUACAUUAAAAAACUCCAGAAAAAACACAAAAAAACUGCUAAAGUUGUAAUAAUAAUCCUUUGUAAGUAUUUGAUUUGCAAAAGGGGAUCCUGGAGUCCAAACCCCCCUUUUGAAUAGUGAUUAUAUUAUUAACCUAGAGAUCAGAAUAAUAUAGGGAGUCAAUAGUGUAGGAUUUCUCAAUGGGAUACAGAAAUAUAUGUAUAGGUGGAAACUGGGUCUGUUUUCCUUGCAAAGGUUUCCUCAAGUGAUGAAUGUGAUGUACUUCCCAUUGCCAGAAGCAGCCCCCUUUGGGUUUUUUUAAUUAAGAAAUGCCAUUGAGAAAUACCGCAAAAUUGAUCCCAGGAUGUGCUAAAUGCUCGGGCUUAAAGCCCUAGUUUGUACAAUGGUACUUGUUUUUGUGCACUUUUAUCUUACGGAGGGAGUCUCUCGCCUUCAGAAAACCUUUGAAAAAUCGAUGCUAAUGUUUUUAUGUCUUUCGGUAUUUUGAAGCAAUUUUGUGAGUACCGAUGAGGUCAAUGGAGAGGGCAAUCAAUGAGCACAAUAAUGUGAGGGAGCUAAAAUAUCACAUAUCUGACCUCCCUGGCUUUAAUUAGAUAUACCGCUUCCUAUAGGAUUCUCUAAUACUCUCUAUGGGAUAAAUUCUGCUUAUGUGCCUUUUCACCAGUGACCACGAUUUUUUUUUAGCAAACUGCUGAAUUCAGCCUCAACUUUGAAGUUGGUUUUCUUUUAAGAACUUGCACAGAAAGAGAGAAAAAAAACCAGCUUCAAAAUCAAGGUUGUGUUUAAGAAUUUUGCCAAAUUCAGGAUGUUCUAAAACACUGCGCAAACGAGAGAAAAUCUAAACCCAGAUGGAAUUUCUCCCCACUAGUUUCUAGAUGUGCAUAUAGCGAUCAAAGCAGGGAAUGUGUCAUGCACUCUAAAGGAGAGACACUGACCUCCCUCAAGCAAAAGUACUUUUGUGUGCAGUGUGAGUUUUCUUAACAUUACGACCUACGCUUGAGUUGUUAUUUUCUGCUAUGGAAACGUAUUGUGAGAGUUGCGUGAUUGAAGUCGGAAUUCUUUGCUGUUUUACGACCUUCUCGCGCUGGUAGCUUUCAAUGCUGGAAGGUGACGGGGUUCCUGUCCUUGCAAAACCGAGUGGUGAUGUGCGGGCUGAAUUUCAAGGGUAUCCAGCGGUUGAUAGCUACCAGGGCUGGUCUUGUGACAGAGGAUCUGUUUUUGUUGCUCCAUUAAAUUCAUGCGCCAACGCUGUAUGUUUAAAGAAAUAAUAAAGCUCGUAAUCCAAAAAGUACCUCCA